UACCUCUUUUGCUCUGCUGCUAUUGGCUGCUGCUGAGACAGCCCGGAGUGACCCGGAUGUGCAAAGCGAGGCCUGUUUUCUCGCCGUGGCCUCCUUCCUGUAGCCCGGUUGAGGAAGUAAAUUUCGCUGACAGGGCUGGGUUCACUGAGGGAGAGGCGAAGAAAACAUCUUCCGCAGGGGACUAAAAUACAAAUAAAAACCACAAAAAGCGAAAAGGACGAGUUGGUAAAUUAAAAGCGAACCUAGCGCGUACCGGCAUCUGUGGAUCGUGCCCCCCUGCCCCGCUGAGACCGCCGCAGACAUGAAUGACCAGCAGCUGGACUGUGCUCUGGACCUGAUGAGGCGUCUGCCUCCUCAGCAGAUCGAGAAGAACCUCAGCGACCUCAUUGACCUGGUUCCCAGUCUGUGUGAGGACCUCCUCUCCUCUGUGGACCAGCCCUUGAAGAUUGCCCGGGACAAGGUGGUGGGGAAGGACUACCUGCUCUGCGACUACAACCGAGAUGGAGACUCCUACAGAUCCCCCUGGAGUAAUAAGUACGAGCCCCCCAUCGAAGACGGUGCCAUGCCUUCAGCUCGCUUGAGGAAACUGGAAGUUGAAGCCAAUAACGCCUUUGAUCAGUACAGAGACCUGUAUUUUGAGGGGGGGGUCUCUUCCGUGUACCUCUGGGACUUGGAUCACGGCUUCGCUGGAGUUAUUCUCAUAAAAAAGGCUGGGGACGGAUCCAAGAAGAUCAAAGGAUGCUGGGACUCCAUUCAUGUGGUGGAGGUGCAGGAGAAGUCGAGUGGUCGUACUGCUCACUACAAACUCACCUCCACCGUCAUGCUGUGGCUGCAGACAACCAAAACCGGAUCUGGUACCAUGAACCUCGGUGGCAGCCUUACGAGACAGAUGGAGAAAGACGAGACGGUCGGGGAGUCUUCGUCCCACAUCGCCAACAUCGGCCGCCUGGUGGAAGAUAUGGAGAACAAGAUCCGUUCAACGCUGAAUGAAAUCUACUUUGGGAAGACCAAGGACAUCGUCAACGGCUUAAGAUCUAUUGAGUCUCUGCCUGAUAAUCAGAAGUACCGGCAGCUCCAGAGGGAGCUGUCGCAGGUCCUCACCCAGCGUCAGAUCUUCAUUGACUAGGGUUGGAGGAGCGUUCAGACUCAGGCCGACAAGCAGCAGAAGGACGCUCUGAGGAACGACUUAGUGGAGGCACUCAGGCGCAAACAACCGUAGCACCUUCAGCAGCAGCUAGAGAUGCUUUCUCUUUGUUUUUUUGUUUUUUUCUCUUGUCUUAAUGUGUCUGCCUCAUCUGUUUCUUUGUCUCCUCCUCCUCCUCCUGUUCCAGUGCUGCAUUUGUGAAUAACAAGAAAAGGAGAAAAUGCUUUGCUUCUUUUGUUUUUGUCAGUCUGGGUUUUUUUUAUGUCAUGAAGCCAUCAUCCUCUCACCCUCAUUCUUAAUGAAUAUGAUAGUAUUAUCAAGCUUUAUGAUAAUCGUCAGCUGUUCAUGUCCUCAGUCACUCUGAAAGAGACGCCGCACCUCCUCUGAGGAGGUGAUGAAUGCCCGGCUGUGGUGUCACCGCACACCCCCCACCCCCACCCCCCACGUCAGUACUAAACGGCGCCCGUCGUGCGGCCGUCAGCCCUCCAGGCCCCGUCAACUGACUGCUCCACCACGUCUGCAUGCUUGUGUCAGGAGGAGGGGAUGGACUGUUUUCACCCCCCCACACUCACACAUGCCCAAUAUGACAUGACAGUCCCCCCCCCCCCCCCCCCUCUCUCUCUCUCUCACCUGCUCUGUCCUUGUUGGGGGUCACAGUUUGUCUUUGUGUCUCAGUGGAAACCUUUGAAUGUUUCCAAGGUGGAUGGGAAUCUUUUUUUGUUUUGUUUUUUUUGGCUCUUCUUUUGUAAAGCUUAUGAUUCAUAUUGUAUUAGAGCCUCCAGCAACAAUAAAAACUGUAAAAAGCUA